AUGGCCUUCGCCGGCCAAACACCCACAAUCAUUGUGUUGAAGGAGGGGACGGAUGCUUCCCAGGGAAAGGGCCAGAUCAUUUCGAAUAUCAAUGCUUGCGUCGCUGUGCAGUCCACCAUCAAGAGCACGCUGGGUCCAUACGGCGGUGAUCUACUGCUUGUCGACUCCAACGGCAAGCAAACAAUCACCAACGAUGGCGCAACUGUGAUGAAGCUCCUCGACAUAGUCCACCCCGCCGCCCGCAUUCUUACCGAUAUUGCUCGCUCGCAAGAUGCCGAAGUUGGCGAUGGAACGACGUCGGUUGUUGUUUUGGCUGGUGAAAUAUUGAAAGAAGUCCGAGACUCGGUUGAGCAGGGAGUCAGCACCCAGACUAUUAUCAAGGGCCUUCGACGGGCAAGUGCCAUGGCCGUCAACAAAAUCAAGGAAAUUGCGGUCGACAUGUUGGAAGCUUCGGGCAGUGAAGAGAAGAAGAUUGAGACUCUGAGACGUCUAGCCGGUACAGCGAUGAACAGCAAGCUUAUCAAAAGGAACUCGGAUUUCUUCACCAAGAUGGUCGUCGAUGCCGUCUUGUCUCUCGAUCAGGAUGAUCUGAAUGAAAAGCUGAUUGGCGUUAAAAAGGUUCAUGGUGGUGCUCUCCAGGAUUCGCUCUUUGUGGACGGUGUCGCCUUUAAGAAGACCUUCUCCUACGCCGGUUUCGAGCAGCAGCCCAAGUCGUUCAAGAACCCUAAGAUUGUCUGCUUAAACGUUGAGCUGGAGCUGAAGAGUGAGAAAGACAACGCUGAAGUUCGAGUUGAACAAGUAUCUGAAUACCAGGCUAUUGUGGAUGCGGAGUGGCAGAUUAUCUACAACAAGUUGGAGGCUCUAUACAAGACUGGCGCUAAGGUUGUGCUCAGCAAGCUACCUAUUGGUGAUUUGGCUACACAGUACUUUGCCGAUCGUGAUAUUUUCUGCGCAGGCCGUGUUGCUUCUGAGGAUCUCGAACGUGUCUGCCAGGCCACCGGUGCCUCUGUGCAAUCUACAUGCUCUGACAUCCAGGACCGUCAUCUCGGAACAUGCGGCUCGUUCGAGGAGCGACAAAUCGGUGGAGAGCGUUUCAAUUUCUUCUCACAGUGCCCUGCUGCCAAGACAUGUACUCUUGUCUUGCGUGGUGGUGCCGAACAAUUCAUUGCCGAAGUCGAGCGAAGCUUGCACGACGCUAUCAUGAUUGUCAAGCGAGCCAUCCGCAACCCAACAAUUGUUGCAGGCGGUGGUGCCUGCGAGAUGGAAUUGUCAGGCUACCUCCAUGGCUUUGCGGAUCGCAACGUUCCCCACAAGCAGCAGGCUGUCGUUAAGGCGUUCGCCAAGGCCCUGGAAGUCAUCCCGCGACAACUGUGUGACAACGGUGGCUUUGAUGCCACUGAUAUCCUCAACCGGUUGCGUACCGAGCACCGAAAAGGCAACGUCUGGGCCGGCGUGGACUUUGACCAUGAAGGUAUCCGGAAUAAUAUGGAGGCUUUUGUAUGGGAGCCCAGCUUGGUGAAGGUCAAUGCCAUCCAAGCCGCCGUCGAAGCUGCUUGCCUGAUCUUGAGCGUUGACGAGACAAUCAAAAACGAAGAAUCUGCUCAACCCCAGGCUCCGCAAAGGGGUCUGCCGCCCGGCGCCGCUCAACGCGCUCUUCGUGGACGUGGCCGAGGCAUGCCUAGACGAUUAUCAGCAUCCAUGAGUUGA